GUCAUGCUUUCUCUUCACAAGCAUGAAAAUAUUAUUUCUUUAUUAGGGUUUUGUGACGAAAGUAACGAAAAGAUCCUUGUUUAUGAGUAUGUAUUUAGGAGAAGUCUUGACAUCAAUCUCAACAACAACGAUCUUACUUGGAUUAGACGACUAAAGAUUUGUAUUGGGGCAGCUCGUGGACUAGCAUACCUCCAUAAUCCCGGUACGACCCAACAAAGAGUUUUACAUCGUGAUAUUAAGAGUUCGAACAUCCUCAUAGAUGAAAACUGGAAUGCCAAAAUUUCAGAUUUAGGUCUGUCCAAAUUUGGUCCUGCCAAUCAGAAAUAUACAUUUCUUGUCUCCAACACUGUUGGCACAAUUGGGUAUUGUGAUCCUUUAUAUGCAGAAACAGGGUUAUUAACAAAAGAGUCAGAUGUUUAUUCGUUCGGUGUGGUGUUGUUUGAAGUGCUAUGUGGGAGGAUGUGUAUUAGCAAUGAAAAUGGUAAUCUUCAAUCUCUAACAUCAUUAGUGCGACGGUAUUAUGACGAAAACAAAAUAAACGAAAUUAUAUGUGAUAAAAUAAAGGAGGGAAUAAAUACUAAAUCUUUGGAGGCAUUUACCACGAUAGCUUAUAAAUGUUUGAAUAGAGAAUUGGAAGAACGUCCGUUAAUGACUGACAUCGUGAUGUUACUUGAAAUUGCACUUCAAUAUCAAGAGGGUGGUGGUCCAAGCACAGAUGUUGCAUCAUCACAGAAAAAGACCCGCCACUCUCAAUUCGAUGCUAUAUUAGAAGAAAGGAAGAGGAGGAGAAUUAUUUCCAAACGUCUAACGGCACGCAGAUUAAGGAUGAGGAAACAAAAGAACCAUGAUGAUAUCAUUGGCGUAGCUAACCAACUAAAGAACGAAAACACUAAGAUCCUUACUAUGAAUAGUGUCACCACACAACGACUUGAUCAAAUUGAAGCAGAGAACCUUAUUUUGAGGGCUCAAUUGAUCAUUUAUCACAUGAUUAUUCAGUUACCACACAAAUGACUUCUAGGGUCACGUAUAAUCACUCACAUUUUUCGAGAUCGUCUUCUUCAUUCGAAAAGGACUAUGGGAUAAAUUUAUGGAUUU